AUGGCAGAUUAUAUGCUGGCAUGUUCCGCAAGCAAAGAAGAAGACCGCGAAGUGCACAUGAUGAGCCCCGUCUCCAGCAUCAAAGCACUUCGCUGGGUUGCCAAGACCCUGCAAUGGCAAGCACUUUCAGAGGCUAUAUUGUCUCCAGUCAUCUCAGCAUACGGCAGACAAUCGCGUGAAUACGAUCGCAAAGAAGCGACUCCCAUACCCAUGGCAUUGCUCGCAUGCUGGGAACGCAAUAUCUGCUCCGCAGAGGCACCUGUUCCUGGGCGCCGUCCUGCUCUGCACGCAUGCAAGCCUUCGCUUCGGCGAUGCACAAAGAAUAGAAUGGACUACACUGCAACUAAGUGCGCAUUGCACGGCACUGCAUAUGCAACCAAAACCACGAAAUGUGGUCAGCCGUUCGCGUGCACUUGGCACGGCAUCACAGGCAGAUGUAUACAAUCUUCAUGGUUGCUGCAAUGGCUAUCCUGCCUCGUAGAGGUAGGCACAGAAGCCGACCUGGAGCCAGAUUUUCUAUUCUUUCAUGCAGAUCUAGAUUCGCGCAAGCACCCACAAGUUUUCCCUUGCAGCUACGCACACGCAUUGCUGUGCCUCAGAUUCAUGGCACAAAAAGCUGGACUGGCAGCGUCGGAGGCUUUCGCACUGACACUGCACAGCAUGAAAUCCACCAUGCUGGCGGCCGCCGCGCAAAUUCAGUUCGAUGAGCAUGCACGCCUCGCACAGGGACAUCAUCGGGACAGCCUCCGCCUCUACAGCCGCAACGACACUCUGGAAGCCCUUCGACUCCAAAUUGAGCACGCAAUUGGCUCGAGGAUGGAGACCGCAACGCAGUAUGGCCAGAGGAGGCGCAGCCCCAGGACGUGGGCAAUUUUCACAUCUCGACAUGAAAGCCUGCGCAGCAACACCGAACCCCAGUCGCACGAACCGGACGAACAGCAGAGCACACGCCCAGACACCGACUCGGAAGCAGAGUUGGUGGAGAAAUACGCGCGGGAACGCACGCACAGCUCAGAGGAGGAGUCUGAAGAGCCGACCGCCCCUGCAGCGGAUGAAGAGCUUUUCGUGUGCUCGGGGCCCUGGAACGCAUUGCACAGCCCCACACGAAGUUCGCAUCUAGAAUAUGAGCUCCUUUAUGGAUCGAAUCCGCUGCAUGCAGAUGUGCUCAUAGCAGCCUGUGGCGCAGACCUGGGCUCCAUGCCUGUGGUCAUCAAGACCCAUGACACUGUUUCAGCAUGCAGUGACGACUACACCGGGAGGCCCGCAGGGGAGGAAGAGCUGCAGCUUGUCUACUGCAUGGCAACGCAAUCCGGGGCAGAAGGACCCGGAGACGCACCGCACUCUGCACACGAUGAGCUGAACAACGAAGAAGGGCUGCAGCGCAUCCUGCGGGAGCUCUGCGUCCCGCCGGCAAUGCACCAAGCACUGCGAGCGCAAGGCAUAUGUUGCAUCGCAGAUUUUGCCUACGCUUAUAACAGCGCCGCCGACCUCGACAACUUUGCCACGUCCAAGGACGAGGAGUUUUGGACAGCACUGCAAGUGACAGAGCAGCCCCUGCACAGCAUGCCCAUGGCACGCCUGCGCCGCGCACUGGUGCAAGCACAAAUCCGAGUCAAGGCAUACGAGGCAGAGAGGCAUCGCGCAGAAGAGCCUGCACCGCAGAGCUCUGCACCUUCUUCCAGCACCGCACCGCCCACCGACUCCUGGGUGGAGCACGCACCCACCGCGCAGCUCAUCAGCACUGCAUUGUUCGAUGACACGCCGACGCUCAGCAUUGCAGAGGUCAAUAUUAACGAAUCGUCUGUGAGCAAUGCACGCAAGUUUGGAAGCCCUGGCCACGGGCUCCGCAACGUGAGCACCGAGGAAAUGCUGGACGCAGACCGCAAGCUCUGGCGCAGCAUCGCAACGCUCGUCGAAGAACAAGGAUUCAGCCUCGACGAGGCACUGCGCGAGAUGACGCAUGUUCGCGGCGACAUCGCCACUCUCAUGCAAGCACGGCCCCGCAUGCCAGCGAUGCCGCCCGCACCGCAUGCACCUUACACACCGCCGGGCCCGCCAAAAGGGCCCAGGAAGGGCGCCGGCAAAACCGGCAAGGCUGACAGCCCUAACAGGCCGCAGCGCACCAUUGACAAGCACCAGGCACAGCAACUGGAGCGAGCCAUGCAAAACUUGCAAAUUACGCAUGGCAAAAAGACGCUCUGCCUCCGCUACAACAAGACGCAAUGCAACAACGCAAACUGCAAGUACGAGCACCGCUGUGCAAUCAAGAUGCCGAAUGGCCAAGCAUGCGGCGGGCAGCAUCCCGCGCACAAGCAUCGCUUUAAGCAACCACGCAGCGGCACUGACACAGAUGGCGCUUCCAGCGCAGUCCGCGGGAGCCUGUCCUCGGCGGGCGCUUCCCCGCAGCACCACCGUGAAGCACAGCAGAGCACAAGCACAAGCACACCUAACGCACCGCAGCAGCUUGGACCCGAGCACCGCAGUCGAUCGCCGGAGCCGAGCAGAACUCGAGCAGAAGAAAAGAAGCCUAGCGGGCCUAGCGCAACGGCAUCGGCAGGGAUACGCAACCGCUUUUUCUUCGCAUGCAUAGACUCCGACAAUCACGAAUACUCGCAGGCAGUGGUGGACAGGCACUUGCACUGCCUAUCCCCCCCAGCCACGCACAGCCAAAUGGACAUAUUGAAGGACCCCGCAGAAGCACAUAAGCUCUUACAGCUAGCAUACUCUGGCCUGGUAGGACUGCUGUGGUGCGACGCUCUGGAAGAGAUACAAGACGAGGACAUCCAGCAGCAUCUCCUGGACAUUACUAAAGCAGUGCUGGAGACAGCUGGGCACUUCUUCGUCACUCUGCCCGCACACCUGCCAGACUCCUGGCGCGCAUUGCUGCAGGAGAGCAACGCACAUUGCUGGCAGCUACCAGGCCCGCGUGGCAUCAGACACGCAGUGUCAUCCUUGCAAGAAAUUUCUCAAAUGCAAGGCACGAAGAUAUCACCUCAGGCCGCUGCAGACUUGGCCGCUUUGGUGGUCUCGCCAGGAGCCUCGGCCUCUGUUCCCUGGCAGGACUUUGGACAGCAUUGCUCAGGUCCUUUCAAGCAUCGCCGCCCAGCAGUCUGCGACGGUGCGGGCCUUAACAGUGCUGCAGACAAGUCGGUCCCGCAAGGCAACACCAAGCUACAAACAUUAUCUGAGCAGUGGAUACAGUACCUUCCAUCGGAAAAUCUUCUCCUGCACCUCGUAGAGCACAUACACGAGGGCAGGGACGCACACCCCUUCACGGAGGAGCAACAGCAACGCAUCACCAGCAUCGCACACGAAGCACUGCACCCGGGAUGCCAAAGCAAAGAAUGCACGCAUAUAUCGCAAGGCCAGCCUUUCCGACUCGCACUGCUGCGACUCUUUGCGGAAGCCACAGGAGACCCCGAUACAGGUUUGUGUGCAAUGUUGGAAGAAGGUGUCAGCACAGGCAUCUUCGAGCCCAUACCAUCUAGCAUGCAAUGGGUGCAGCAACAACACCCAAUAGAUGACGCAGAUUUAGACGGUAUGCACCUUCUGCACUGCCAGGGCAACUGGACGCAGGCAGAGAAAAACCCGCAGCUCUUAGACGA